UUUCAAAUGUAUCUAGUCGAAAUAAAACAUUAAAGGAAGACGCUAAGAAUAACCAGCAAAGUGUAAAUAUUGCCAAUCAGAAAUCAACAAAAACAUGGGAGAAACAAGAGAAAAAUACAGGAGACCGAGAAAGUAUAGCUUGGGAUAAACAUGAUAUUAAGCAGCGCAACAAGAAUCAAAAUGUCCAGGAAUCAUCUAGUCAAAAUGUUUCAAGAGAAAAAGGAAGAAAAUUGUUCCCGAAGAAAAAUUUGGCAAAAGAACGUAUGCAAAGAAUAAGAAAAAAUUUGAAUAUCGAUAAGGAAAAAAUUCAGGAAAUGUGUCGUGCCGAUUUAGUUAGCAAGAAACCUUCACAAAAGUUUAGAAAAGGUUUGUCUGGUUUGUCUGACAAUGACAACUUAGGAUCGACAUGUUUUUAUAAAAAUGUUGAUGUACGACUUAAGAAAUUGCAUAAUAAAAUCUUGAAAAAUGCAAUAUAUGAAAGAAAUUUUACAUUAAACGAUGAUAAAUCACAAAAUCAACAAAGUAAUAGACCAGUUGCCGGAAAUGAUAAAGUAAUGACAAAAGAUAAAUUAAUAGAACAGGCUGAACGGGAAGUUCUGUACGAAGAAAUGGAUUGGGAACCCAUGAAAGAUGAGGAAAUUGCGUUAGAGGUAGAAGUUGUCAGGACACAACUUGAUAAAGACAAUGUAGAAACAGAUUAUAUAUCAAAAAAUAUUGUAGAUUUAACACAAUCCGACAAAACAGAAUCACACGAAAAAGGUCCACUGCACAUUGUUGUUGACACAAAUGUGUUUCUGUCAAAUCUGGAAAUUAUUGAAAAAGCAAGAGAUGCAAUCUUUAAGAAUUAUCCACGUCCUUUUAUUGUAAUUCCAUGGACCGUGAUAUGUGAAUUAGACUACUUCAAAGAUAAUAAGUCUAAACAUGAAUUAUCAUUAAAAGCCAGAAAAGCCAUAUCUUUCAUUCACGAUCAGUUUUCCUCUAAGCACCCACGUAUCAUAGGACAAACACGAGAGCAGGCAGCGACAAAUAAAAAGGAAUUUUCUCUCAAUUGUCCAGAUGAUGAGAUCCUUCAGUGUUGCUUACAGAUUCAUCAAUUAGGAAAAUCAGUGGUCUUGCUAUCUUAUGACAAAAAUCUCUGCACUAAAGCGAUGAUAUAUAAUAUACUAGCAUUGGGACGCAAUGAUCCACUUGAAAAAAUAGAUUAUUUAGAUACGAGUGGUAUAAUGGUCAAUAAUUUGAAUGAUGGUCCCGUUGAAAAGUCUCUCUUUAACGACGAAUUACGUUUAACAGAUGAUAUUUUUGAGGAUGCCAAAUUGAUCGUGAAAAACUUUUUGUCAACGAUUAUCACGAAGCAAAUGUCAGAAAUUUAUGGAGAAGCAGAGUGGAAGAUAUAUGUCAUUAUAAAGCCACCUUGGACUGCAAUAACUGCAUUAAAAUGUGCUAUAAAGCACUGGAUUGCUGCCAUUAAUGAAUCGUUCCAAAGACGCGCUGAAUAUAUCCUAAAGGAAUUGCUUGACGCUUUUCUACAUAUACCAGUGAGUGGCAGAAAAUUGCAAGAUGUGGAAUAUAUUUUAGAGAAGUGCAGCGACUUGGUACAAAUGGUUAAUAUGGAUAAACACUGUGAUCUCAUGACCCAAACGUUCAGUACUAUUACAGAACUCAAGGAGAAGUGUAAGAAAUGUAUCGCUGAUAUCAACCUGAAAAAAUUAUACGAUAAAAUAGGCGUCGUAGAAAAUGUCCAAGAACAAGAAAUGAGAGCGGAAAAAGUAUUCCAGUGCUUCCAGCAUAUCUAUAAUUACACACGUGACAUGUGUGGUUUGGCAUGCAACAAUGCAGGAAUGGCAUAUUCUUUUACCUUCAACUCUAUAGAUCCACCAUUGACACAAGCAUCUGUACAACGUUUGCAAUCAGAAAUUACCAGAAAAGUGACUGAUCUGACGCAGAAUCUAAAUAAGUUACUGGUGCAGGCUGAUGAUUCUAUAAAAUAUCAGACGUUACUUAGUUUACAGCAAAAUUUAAGUACAUUUUUGCCUGACACAGAGAGGAUAACAUUUGACGUGGUACCUUUGGAUAUAUAUUGUUGUGUUAAAUUAAAAGAAGAAGCAUUAAAGACUGGAUUAAGACAACUACAAGAAUUAACUUCGCAUUUCUGUGCACUGGCUGCUCAUUCAUAGUUGUAUGUAUUUGUAAUGUAUGUAUUGUAAUUCAGUGUUUGAAAACAUGUAGAUAUUUACAAAAAUGUAUAUACAUUUAAUCUAUAAGUUUUAAAUAUAUUAACGAUAUAUAUUAAUGAUAAUAUAUUAAUAAUAUUAACGAAAUAUUAUAAAAAUAUUUUUAAUUUUAUAAGAGAGUGACUGAUAUAUCAAUGGUGUCAAUGAAAAUGAAUUAUUGUGAUUUAUUUUUGGGUAAAAGUACUUUAGAAUUGUCUUUUGUUGAUUAUAUUGCGUAUACGAGAAGUGUAUCGUUCGAGAAAAAAAUGUGAAGUUUUUUUUAUCCAUAUAUUUUUUACCUAAGUAUUAAUAUUAAUACAAGUUAGUCUC